GCCACCAUGCAGCAAUACAAAACCUCCCUUGAGUCGUACGAUGCGUUCAUGCGACUGUUUCGUCGCUUCAGUCGCCUUUGUGGAGCUGAUAUCAUGGAUGACAACUUUCGGGUUGAUUAUCGCACAAUUACACUCUGCUCGAUAAUUGCUAGCUAUAUGGUCUGCGUUUUCUACAGCGUAUUCCAUUACUAUCCUAACUGGCUGGACGUUCUGGAAGUGUUCUCUCUGAUGGGCGUGGGCUUACAAGGGGCCGCCAAGUUGUACAACUGCAUCGACCACAGCGAACAAUAUCGGCGGAGAAAUCGCUUUUUGCAGAAGUUUCUUCGAAUCCACUCCGACCACCCGAAAGACAAUGCCGUGUUGAUGAAUGUGAUGACGAAGAUACACGUUUUUAAGACCAUUCUUCUGCUUUCAUACUUUUUCGGAAUGAUAAUGAUUGGGGGGUUUCCUUUAGGAUACUACUUGUUCUAUGGCCAACUGAAGUUGGCGAUGAAUUUCUUGAUACCGGGAGUGGACCCCAGCAGUUCAUUGGGAUUUGGAAUUACACAGGCCUACCAUCUGGUGAUAAAUGUGCUGACCGUCGUUGGAAUUGGCGCCAUGGAUUUGAUCAUCCUGGUGGUGGUCGCCAGUGUGGCCGGAUUGGUUGACGUGUACAGGAACAAGCUGGAAGAGUUGGAUGAACUUCUUGAUCUUGAAGAUGAAACGGGGAGUCAGGUUCGUGGCAUGGUAGCGGAAAUUGUUGAACUACACCAGGAAAUAGUCAGGUACGAAACUAAUUUGAGGGAUCGCUACGAGAUGGUCAAUUUCGUUCAGUUGACUUCGUCGGUGUCGUUUAUUGCGCUGAACCUAUUCCUGUUCUACGUGUACGAUUACUAUCACGUAAUAGGCUUUUUACUGGCGGGAGUUUUUCAACUCAUGGAGUUCUGCCUUCUCGGAACUAUUUUCAGUGUAAAGAAUGACGAAAUGACUCUUGCGAUUUACAACACAAAGUGGUACCAGCUGGCCCGAACCGAACAACGAUCGUUGCAGCUGAUUUUGGCUCGCAGUCAAAAUUCGGUGGAGUUGACUGCGUUGAACCUUUUACCUUUGAAUGUGGAGACAUUUGUGAAUAUUAUGAAAAACAUUUAUAAAUGUUUUGCUAUGUUGAUAACAUAUAUGGAGCCACUUUGAAAGAUAUUAUCACAAAUUGUGAAGACCAAUAUUAGAGGAUGUAAUAUGUCAACGCUAUUCAGUUGUUGAAAUAUUUAAAAAUUACAACUAUAAUUUAUGUAUAAUAUCUCAGUACAAAUUCGAAUAUUGCUUACAACAGUCGAAAAUAUAUUUGAUAAAUAAAUGCACUGGUCUUU